GCUUGCUCUGCUCCCCAUUGCUCCACAGAUCCACCGCCGCCGCCGUCCCACCCCCACCAAGCUGGGGCCGAUGCGGCCGCCGGCGCCGGCGCCGGCGAGCGUGGGGAAGGUGACGCCCAACCUGGCGAUGGACGCGGGGGGCACGCGGUCGCUCAACCUCACCGUGCUCCAGCGCCUCGACCCCGCCGUCGAGGACAUCCUCAUCACCGCCGCCCACGUCACGCUCUACGACUUCAGCAUCGACCUCAACCAGUGGAGCCGGAAGGACGUCGAGGGGUCGCUCUUCGUGGUGAAGAGGAACAAGCAGCCGAGGUUCCAGUUCAUCGUCAUGAACAGGCGCAACACCGAUAAUCUCGUGGAGGAUCUAUUGAGUGACUUUGAAUAUGAACUUCAACCUCCGUAUUUGUUGUACCGAAAUGCUGCACAGGAAGUAAAUGGUAUUUGGUUUUAUAACCAACAAGACUGUGAUGCUGUUGCCGGUGUUUUUGGAAGGAUAUUGAAUGCUUACGCCAAAGUGCCUCCAAAACCUAAAGUACCUUCCACAAAAAGUGAGUUUGAGGAGUUGGAGGCUGUUCCCACAUCGGCUGCUAUAGAUGGCCCCCUUGAACCUUCUCCAUCGUCCACUGUUCUGGUUUCUAAUGCCCCUGAUGAAUCACUGACCAAUUAUUUCAGUGGCGCUGUUAACGUUGGGAGUGUGACAAGUACACCAACGGCUGGAAGAACUUAUCAGACUACUGAAUCUGUUGCAUCCUCACAUGUUCCCUUGAUCAUUCCAUCUGCUGCUCCUACACAUCAAAUGGGCUUUCCAUCAGGUGCAGCAUCAGCUCCACCUCUGCCCAUCCUUGAGACUAAAACUCAUGCUAACCACUCAACAAACCUUGUAACUCCAGCUUUCUUUGCACCUCCCUUGUCCUCUUCCACAUCAUUGGUGGCACAGGCUUCAUCCUUGAUGCCUACACCGUCACCUCUUCACCCAACUACUUCCAAUGCUCAACGUCCUGCAUAUGGACAUGGUACACCCCUUCUUCAACCCUUUCCACCACCAACUCCACCUGCAUCACUUACCCCUGCACACAACGAUGAGCCUGUUAUUUCGAGGGAUAAGAUUAAGGGUGCUCUCCAUAGACUUGUUCAGAACGAUGAAUUCAUCAGUUUACUCUAUCGGGAGUUACAGAAUAUGUAGACUGCUUGCUCAGCCUAUAUGGAGUGUCUGGCUUUGGCAAGAGUCCAUGUGUUCUCUUGUUAGUUUUGUAUGCUUUAGUCCUCAAAACCUCUGUACAGCUUUGUCUUUCUUGAUGCGUUCAUGUAGAGUUCUUAUAGCUAUGGUUGGUAGUAUUCCUUCGAAGUCUAUAACAAUUUUUGGGGGUACACUUUGGGCCUGGUUGAAAUUUUUGAAGAUUUAGGAUUUUUGAAUUAUUUGAUUUUAUGAUAGCUAUUUGAUUAUAAACAAAUGAAGAAUUAAUUUGCUCUGGAAAGACCAGAUGAGAAAUUUUUAUAUA